AUGUGGACUUUUCUAGUGCAGUUCUUCUCCACUGUGCUGCAGUUACGCCUGUCAAUGACCAAGCCCAACGAGACAAUGGUGGCCUACAAUCUGACAUCAACCGCUUUGCCAUGCUAUGUAAUGGACUAUGCACCACUCGUCUGGCUAUAUAGCAAGGAAACAUACAUGCCUUCGGAUAUCGGACAGCAGCUUGUACACACGAUACCAAUGGUGAAUUAUACUGCAAUCAAAGGAGCACCAUCACCGUUAACACUCAAUAACCUCGCGGAACUCAACAAGUUGGGAAACACCAGCGUCUACCUAACCUCAAUAGAGGGCAUCGAUGCUACUCCAGAGCCAGCAUGGUUUCGUGGAGUGAGGCCAGAUACGAAUGGAAAGACGAAUAGAGCUGUCUCAUCGACAAUAAUCACUCGUGACCAUGGAAAUGGGACAGUAGAUGCGUUCUACUUCUACUUCUAUGCGUACAAUAUGGGAAAUACAGUAUUGGGAAUGCAGUUUGGAGAUCACGUCGGUGACUGGGAGCACAACAUGAUUCGCUUUGAUAACGGAGUUCCACAAGCAAUCUGGUACAGCCAACAUGCUGGAGGUGAAGCCUUCACCUACGACGCAACAGAGAAGCAAGGCAAAAGACCGAUCGCAUACUCCGCUAAUGGCUCUCAUGCCGUAUAUGCAGUACCUGGCACCCAUGACCACGCCAUCCCCCACCUCAACCUCCCCUUCGGCUUCGUUAUGGACUACACAGACAGAGGAACCCUAUGGGAUCCCAUCGCAAACGCAUACGCAUAUAGCUUCGACGCAGCCAGCCAGACAUUCCAGCCCUACGACCGCAGAUAUCCAGCCAACUGGCUAGAGUUCAAUGGGCAGUGGGGAGACGACGCAUUGCCGGGGGGACCGGAGCUCUUUGGACAAGCGAAAUAUAGUGCGGGCCCGAAUGGGCCUAAAUUCAAACACCUUGUCAGGUCGACUGUUUGUCCGGAUAGUCCUUGCGUCGUGCUGCCUUUUCGUAUUUGGGAUGAUGAGGAUGGUGAGAUGAUGUAG